UGUCUCUCAGCUGUGAUCUGCUCUGAGUUCAUGGCCUCUGAUGGGUCUCCAGUCAAAGAUGCUCGAGAGAAGCAGAAGAAGAAGAAGAAAAAGAAGAGCGGGACGGACAGAGCUGAUGUGGAGGAGACAGAUGCUCAGCAAGAGAUCCAGAGACUGACCGCAGCUGGACAUGCAGCUCUCCAGAGCGGACACAACAACACAGCGCUGCAGAGCUUCAGGAGCGCGCUUAAGGCUGCAUCUAAGCUCAGAGAGAAGAGACUGCAGCGCAGGUGUGCGUUUAAUCUGGGCGCAUCGUACGUGGAGGCGGGCGAGCCUCAGAAAGGGCUGGAUGUCCUGUCACGCUCACAGCCGGGCGAGAGAGGCGAGAGGAUCGCAGACCUGCAGUUUAACCUGGCCACGGCCCACGAGGCUCUGGGGGACCGGACGCAGGCGGCGAGACACUAUCUGCAGGCCGCACAGCUGUACAGAUCACAGGGAGACGCCGGGGCCGAGGGACACACCUGCGUCAGACUCGCACACUGCCACCUGCUGAGAGAGGAGUGGGACGAGGCUGUAGCUAGCUUCCAGCGAGCCGCUGAGAGUUAUAAACUAGCGGGAAACGCGUCUGCAGCUGCGCUGGCUCUGAAGGAUGCUGGGAAACACAUGCUGCAGAGCGGCCGCAGCUCCGGCGAUGACAUCAUCAGCGUGCUGACCGACAGCCUGGAGAUGAGCAGCAGCAUGAGCGAUCCGGAGACGCUAGGGAAGCUGCUGAGUGACGUGGCUCUGAGUUUCUCUCAGAUGAGGCUGUUCUCCGAGGCGUCCGAGUGUUACGAGCAGGCGAUUCCUCUGGUCUCCUCUAAACCGCACAGACUGGCUGUGGUUCUGCAGAAUCUGGGCGCCGUCUACAACGCUCUGGGUCAGUACCAGCAGUCCCUGAGGUUCCACCGAGAGGCAGCGGCGCUCCACGGAUCUCUGGGCAGCCGAGGAGCUCAGGGUCGCUGCUUCAGUAAUCUGGGGUUUGCUCUGAUGGAGCUGGGAGAACUGGAGGAGGCAUGGGAGAGUUACCUACACGCACAACAGGCCUUCAGAGACACCGAUGACCCGUCCGGUCAGUGGCAGGCCUGUGAGGGUCUCGGUGGGAUCAAAAUAAAGAUGAGGGACCCAGAUAAAGCUGCCAUGUACUUUAAAGAUGCGCUUCGACUGCUGUGUAAAUGCCAGGACGUGUCUGGGUCAGUGCAGGAGCGUCUGGUCAGUGAACUGAGUGAAGCGUUACAGCAGAAGCUGCUCCUACAGCAGAGAGGAGCUGCAUCACGACGGGUCGUCCCGGAGCCACAUCACACCCGACGGACGACGGCUGUGAGGUCUGACCUCCAGCAGUGGAGGAGAGAGAUGCCAAACGGAGAGAACGCACCGCCAGACGGGAAGCAGCACAGCCAAACCACGACAUCGUCACAGACACACCUGCAGCAAGAACAAGAGCGAGAGCGAGAACGAGCUGAUCAUCACAGUGCACUUCCAGAGGCCAACAGGAAUCUGAAUAACACGUAUGAUAAAGCAGAGGAGAAUCAGCAGAUCCUCCCAUCAGCACACGGUGACGUGUCUGCUGAAUCUGUGGAGCCAAGGCCUGUACGGAUGAACGGCACACAUCCAUUGGUCAGGAGCACGGUGACUCCGCCCCUCACUCAGCCUGACAGUGAUGAAGCCACGCCCCUGGCGAGGAGACUGAAGUCCAGAUUCUGCACGGUCAUGUGACAUAAAGGCUAAUAUCUCAGUGGGAAAGAGCUUUUCUAGGGUUUUUAGGGACUGUGUUUGCAGUGGCGACGCUUCCAGACAACAAACACAAAGAUUCAAGAUUCAACAUGAACACAAAACUGAAGCAGGACUCUCCAGACGAGCUAAUGGACGUCACGUGUCUGAUAAACCCAUUAAUGUGUGGAUCAGAUGCCCUGAACUCUUGUGAUGCCAACUGUGUGAUCAUGAGUCAUGCAGUAUUUCUGUGUUUCAGCAGGGGAGAUGUCAUCUCAUUAUUGUCUCAUUUCAGUCUCUUACAGUUUCUGAAGUGAAUCAAUCCGUCUCAUACCAGAUCAAAGCACCUAAUGCACAGAUAAUAGCUAAAUAAAUUUGAUAUCAAAAACCUUUGUCAAUCAAUAAAGUUAUUUUCCACACAUAUGCACGUCCAAAAAACUGAUUGAGACGUCUAGGUUUUUACACCUCAAAUGAUAAUAAUAGUAUUUCUUGUAGCACAGCAUAAGAUGCUCAAGAAAGCAGUU